GCCGAGUCGAGUAGCGCGACCACACACACACACCGCGUCGAGUCUCACACGGCACGGCAGGGCACGCGUCAAGGCGAUCCGUUCCAUGCCGCCGCCGCUGCCGCUGCCGGAGGAGGAGGAGGAGGAGAAGCCGCUGCCGCGGCGAAAGCCAGAGCCGAAGCCGCCUAAGCCCAAGCCCACCAAGAGGCCCAGGCCGAUUGGGCCGCUGCCUCAGCGGGACGGGGACCCCGGCGGCGGCGUCGCCACGUCCCCUCCGCUCCUCUUCUGCGGCGACGGCUGCUCCGGCCCGUGCGCCUACUUGCCCCAGUGCCAGCCGCCGCCUCCGCCGUCCCCUGGGGCCACCGUGCGCCUCCGCUCGAGCCGGCUCCCGACCCCGCUCGUCGCGCUCUCGGCGUCGCUCCUCACCGUGUCCGCGGUCCUCCUGCUCGCGCUGCUCGUCCACUGCCUGGUCGCGCGGCGGCGGCGGGCGCAAGGCGCGCCGCUGGCCCACCACGCCGAGACGGGAGGGGGCCAGGUUCUGGCUGGCGCGGUGGCGCAGCAGGCCGGCGAGGGGGAGGACGAGGAGGCCGCCGGCGGCGGCGUGCACCACGUGUGGUACAUACGCACCAAGGGCCUCGACGAGCGCGCCAUCUCGGCGAUCGCCGCGGUCGUGUACGACGCCAAGAAGCGCGGCGCCGGCGCCAGCUCCGACGGCGGCGGCAGCUGCGCGGUGUGCCUCGCGGAGUUCCGCCACGGCGAGACGCUGCGCCUGCUGCCGCGCUGCGCCCACGCCUUCCACCGCGCCUGCAUCGACACCUGGCUCCGCGCCCACGUCAACUGCCCGCUCUGCCGCGCGCCCGUGCAGGUCGCCGCCGCCGCCGCUAACCCCAACCCCGCACCGGGAACGUCCGGGCGCCGGGAAGAGGGUAACCCUGCUGCUGGCGCCGUCAUCGGUGGCGUUCAAACACAGGACCCCGCGCGCGGCGGCGGCUUUCCUGACCGGGCCGUCAGGCGGGCCGCGUCGUCCAUGGCGGCGCUGCCGCGGCGGGCGUGGCCGGACGUCCCGCUGCGUGCGCCGGCGUCGAGCAGCUUCCGCGACGGCGAGGACGACGUGACGGGGCUCGGCAAGAUCAGGCGGCUCCUCAAGCUCUCGGACGCGCUGGAGAUGGCCGGGGUCGGGGUACACCGGUCCGCCUCGUUCGGCGCCGCUACCUGCCAGCGCUUGCCGCCAAGGCCGGGGCCGUCGGCGCCCGGCGUCAGCGCCGACGAGACGUCAUAGCGAACCGACUGAGGCCGACGACGAGGCCAUCGGUGGUCUGGUGAAACUUGCAGCUUUGGGAGCUGGGAGCUUGGAGGAGUGAAGGUUGGUGUUGGUUUGCCAAGUUUUUGUGUGUGCCGGGCACGAGACAUGAGAAGGUAAAAAAUGAUAUCUUUUCCAUGUUUCUUGUAUAAUCGCUUCGUCAGCAGUAACAAGUAAAUAACUCGUGAGCCUGUGCAUGCACUGCGGAGCGUCAGGAAUUGUAAGUAAGAAAGAAUCCUUGACGGAAGUAGUUUUGUAUGCGAAAUUUACAGCACGAAUACAUGUGUAAGAUACGUGU